AUGGCAGCCGAACAUAGCGAAAGAGUUAUCAACCUCUUCGAUUCUUUGUGGUUUGAACAUGAAAUCCUCACCUCCUUAAAAUCAUCAAACUCCCAAACCCAACAAGUCGUUGAAGAGCCUGCGGCGGCUAAUAAUCUUUGCAGAACUCCGACGUUCAUGGUGAGAUCGUUGAGCGAGCAGCGUUUGAGCAGCAAAGAGAGCUUAGAAUCAGAGACCCACUCUCCCAAAUCUGUUCUUUCUGGGUCGCCCAAAGAAUACCUAGGAUUCCCCGAAUCAAACGUAGGAAACGAGGCCAUUUCAUCGGGUUUUAGCCGGAGCAUGAGGAGGAGGAAGAGCAGAAGCAGUAGCCGGAGUUUAUCGGAGCUGGAAUUUGAGGAGGUGAAGGGGUUUAUGGAUCUGGGGUUUGUGUUCUCGGAUGAUCAGGAUAAAGAUCCAACCCUGGUUUCGAUUAUUCCUGGAUUGCAGAGACGGGGAAUUAGAGAAGGUGGUGAUAAGGAUGCGAUGGUGUCGAGGCCUUACCUUUCUGAAGCUUGGAGUGUUAUGGAAGAGCAGAGGAAGCCAUUGAUGAAGACUUGGAGAUUCCCAGCAGCAUCUGGAUGUACUGAAAUGGAAAUCAAAGAUCAGCUCAGGUGUUGGGCACACACGGUUGCUUCCACGGUCGUUAUAUAA